AUAAUGAAAGGUCGUAAUCAGCAACGCCCCGAGUAUCCGGCGCCGAAAGGCACGGGCUUCAUAAUCUCCGGAGACCCAGUCGGUGAUGUUCCUGGGCAGUGCAUCAUCGAUGGUCCUGCUAGCUCCCAACCAAAAACAAGCCACCCAAAAAUUCACGUCGUUCAAGCCAACUUGCAUCACUGCCGCGCAGCCAUGUUUUCCAUGGAUGAGAAGCUGGCGGUGCUAAGAGGAGGCGUUGGAUUACUUCAGGAACCCUGGGUAGUUCGACAGGAGGUGAAAGGGAUUAACCCAUCUAGGGGGAAGCUGUUCUAUAAAAAGGACAGCAAUACUAAGCACUGGCGAUUUGGCAGUUGUUAAGGUAGAUAUAAAGACCGCCAAUGGGACGCUGGAGGCGAUCUUCGCUUCGGCAUAUAUGCCAUAUGACUCCAAAGAUCCACCACCACCCGUGGAGGUAGCUCAGCUCGUGGAAGCUUGUGAAAAGAACUCCUGGGAAUUGAUUAUUGGAGCAGACGCUAAUGCACAUAAUAUAAUAUGGGGCAGCAGCGGAACCAAUAAACGUGGUGAGCUUCUGUUGGAUUUUAUUGUUACAAACAAUUUAGAAAUCGCAAAUAAAGGAGAUAAACCUACAUUUGCAAAUAGACGUAGGAAAGAAGUAAUUGAUAUUACUAUCUGCACCCCUGUUAUAUCGGGGUUAAUCGAUGGUUGGAUUGUCUCUGAUGAUCUCACUAUGUCAGACCAUU